AUGGCCGACUCCGACUCCCCGGUCACGCUGCGCACGCGCAAGUUCAUCCGCAACCCUCUGCUCGGCCGCAAGCAGAUGGUCGUUGACAUCCUCCACCCGAACCGCGCCAACAUCUCCAAGGAUGAGCUCCGCGACAAGCUCGCCGGCAUGUACAAGGCCCAGAAGGACCAGGUCAGCGUGUUCGGUCUCCGGACCCAGUUCGGUGGCGGCAAGACCACCGGCUUCGCCCUCAUCUACGACUCCCCCGAGGCCAUGAAGAAGUUCGAGCCCCACUACAGGCUGGUCCGCGUCGGCCUGGCCACCAAGGUCGAGAAGGCGAGCAGGCAGCAGCGCAAGCAGCGCAAGAACAGGCAGAAGACCCUGCGGGGCACGGCGAAGGUCAAGGGUGCGAAGUCGAAGAAGGAGAAAUAA